ACGCAUCGUAUUAUUUUUCGAUACGGAUAAGUGAAUCAGCGUCCAAGAGGCGAGUCUCUGUCUCUCUACUUUCAAUACACGCAGUGAAUAACAGUGAAGUCCCCUCGUUACCCCCUCCCUGUUUCCAGACGGCUCCUCCAUUAAUAUACUCUAUCUCUCUCUCAAAAUCCCUCUCUCUAUACUGAAAUUUCCUAGAAGUUGCAUGUUCCACUCAUCAACUACUCUUUCCUAUACUUCAUCUCGUUCCUGCUCUUUAGGCUUUACAAUUUCCAACACAAUCAUAUAUAUGGUCAGAAAUACCCUUUAAACCCUAUCGAUUGCUUACAAAACAAGCAGAGAAGAACUUGACAUGCUUUCAAGUGGAAUUCUAGGGCUCCAAGUUUUGUUUUUACGGAUUUUGAUUUGGGGAUAACAGAAUUUUAAUUAUUCAAAAUUAUGGCAUCACACCAUGGUAAUAGUCACUCAGAACGGGCUAGAAUGGAACAAAUAAUCACUGAAGUAUUUGCUAAGAGUCUCCACAUAAUACUUGAAUCGAGGUGUCCAUAUGUUUCGUCGCGCAAUUAUAGUGUUGAGCAAACUAUGUCAUCCCCAUCUUCAUCCUCGUCGUCAUUGUCUAGUAUAAGGCCAAGGGACAAGUGGUUUAAUUUAGCCCUCCGGGAUUGCCCUGCGGCACUAGAGAAUAUAGAUUUUUGGCGGCAGAGUAAUCUUGAGCCGAUGGUAGUUGAUGUGAUUUUAAUGCAAAGCCCAAGUCAUUGGGACCCAAUGAAUGGUUCCCCAGAAAGGGGCAUCGUCAAGAAUUUUUCAACGAAAGUGCAGUUUCCAAAUAUUUGGAAUUCGGAGCAUGAUGAUUUGGGGAGUGCAGAGAAGAGCGAGAUGAUCAUUGAGAGAUGGGUAGUGCAGUAUGAGACUCGAAAGAGUAGCAGGGACAGUUGCUCAGGGAGUAAGAGGUCUAGUUGUACUAGUUCACACACUUUGUACAAGAAAUCGAUGUUGCUUUUGAGGUCUUUGUACCUAACUGUUAGGCUUCUUCCUGCAUAUAAGCUCUUCCGUGACCUCAAUUCUUCCGCCCAAAUUCGGACUUAUAACCUUGCUCAUCGAGUUUCAUCUUUUGUUGAGCCCUUCACUCGUAGAGAGGAGACAGAAAUGCAGCGAUUUGUUUUUGCUCCGGUGGAUACUUCUUGUGGUAGGCUUUGUCUUUCGGUGUUGUAUCAUUCUUCACUCUCAGAUGUUAGCUCCAAACUAUCAACCCCCAUGUCCCCACAAUUCAUAUCGGAUUAUGUUGGUAGUCCAAUGACAGAUCCACUCAGGAGGUUCCCGUCCCUUCCUGUGACUCAAGGUUCCCCGUCUUCCUCUCCCUUUGGGAGGCGUCAUAGCUGGAGUUAUGACUUAUAUAGGGCCUCAUCACCUUCAGCAUUUCAUUCACCUUCACCUUCAUACUCUGAUUCUCGUGCUUCAAUUUCUAAACCGAGUUCUUAUCGCCUCCCUCCUACGUGCUUACCCCGUCAUCUCCCUGAUACACCUCGAGUUCUUGAAAAAAAUACAAGUUUUGAUGAGUAUUGGCCUUCACCAAAUUUUUCUCCCUCCCCAUCCCCAUCUCCUCCUAUUUACAUUCCUGGGAAUAUCUCGAAAGCUCUUUUACGGUCCGAAAGCGCUCCAGUUAACAUACCUGCAUCUAAGCUUGCUACAUCCCCUUCAUUGCAGAACAAGCAAAUUGUGCCUCCAUCUCCUCCCCUUAAAGGUACAAGAUUGACUACUUCUAAGACGGAUAGGAGUUUAGGUUUGACCCAGACUGGCUCGACAGUUGAUAAGCUGUUCUCCUUUGGGAAAGAUGAAACUGGAAAAUUCUCUGGGGUGAAGAUAUCAUCUGACAGUUCACCACAGAAAUCGUUUUCCAGGAGCUCUAGUAGGUUGUCUUUCCAGGAUGAUUUUGAUGAUUCUGAGUUUUCUGGCCCAUUUGUUGUGGAUGAUGAUGACAUGACAGAUCCAGGUAGCAGACCUAGUUCAUUUGAUCAAAAAGGACAUCAGUGUGAGCCACAUGAACCUGGAGGAUUAUUUCCGCUUAGAAAAUCCCACAAUGCUGCCGUUGGUGCUCUUGUUUGUAUGUUGAAGAAAGCAGAACCUCUUUGCCAGGACUUAUCCAAUUCAAGAAAUUUGUUGCAAACCACCCAUCCUGAAUCCAUACCCAACAGCACCAAAGAGCCUAAUCACACCUCGGAGAAGCUAGACUUUCAGCAUGCAGCUUCUUUGAGCAUCACUUCUUCUGGGCUUGUUAUGUCCAAGACAACAGCUGAUGCAUUAGAAGAACUCCGGGUUUACAGAGAGAUGAAAGACUCGUUGCUUAGGCAAGGUGGAAGGUCCUACACGGGGGGCACUUAAGCUUCCGCCUGAGAAUCUUCCAGCAGAGAAAACUGGGUUUUAAGCUUGCAUAGCUUCUAAUUCCGUUGAAAAUAUGUACAGCAUUUCGGUUUGAGUAUUGGGGACUUCAUGCCACAGUUUAGAGUACUUGAAAUCAAAUCAUAACUAGAUUUAUAUUAUAUAUAAUACGGGCAUAUGUACAUACAUAUUUAUGAACGUAUAUAAAUUGGUGCAUAAGGUUUAUAUCAUCCAUUUGACAGCAUAAUAAGUUCUAUGUACUAAGUUUUCACCCUAUUUUGAUUGUUAAGUAUUGUAUAGAAUCAGAGGUGGUUUUAUAAAUGAAUUUUGCAGCCUUGAUAUGUA